AUGCUCACGACCCCUUUCGGUCGAUGUUUGGCAGCAAUAGUCAGGAUACCUGCCUUGAUGACACGUAUUUUUCCUAUGUCUAAAUUGUCACCUACUCCAUGGCGAUUGUUGACCAGAUAUUGCGAUUUAGCAACCUACGCACCGAUUGUGCACCACCGUGAGUUCGUUAUGCUCGCGACCCCUUUCGGCCGAUGUUUGGCAGCAAUAGUCAGGAUACCUGCCUUGAUGACACAUCAACAAAUGGAUUUAUACCGACAAAUCAACAACUACUUUGAUAUUGUUAAAUACUCCGAAUGGAGUAUCCUUGAUUGCUUGUAUUCGAUACAGAACCCUAUGUUCACGUCUGACAGCGCGGACGAAGUCGCGACCAUUAUAAAAGAUAUAAUUAGAACACGUCGUAUAUCAAAUUCAUUAUUAGCGAGUGCAAGACGUAAACUAGAACAUCUCGAGUCCAAAUUUGAGUCCAUUUGGACGAAUUCCGAAGUCCGACAGUACUUCAAUAAAUUGGAUCUUUCUCAUACAAAUGAAAUGUAUGAAACACGGGCGAUGACAAAUAUCGUCAAAGAUAAAACUGUAUUAAAUGAUGUUCAUACUCAAGACUUAGCCAACUCGUAUGCUGGAAAUAGCAAUAAACGGCAACACCCUGAAAAUACACAUACUAUGAACCCAAAACAAAGGAGAAUUGCUGAUAACGAUACUGGUGACAAAUCAGAGACAGAUCCGAAUGAUGAGGUGGAUUUUGAUUACAACAAAGUAUCCAGUAUGGAUUCAAACAUCGAUAGCGAUGCCGAUGAUCAUAAGGUAUUCCGGGAUUAUGACGAGUACUGCGAAGAAGAAAUCUCAAUAGAAAAGACCUUGACUGAUCCCAUUAAAAGUUGGAUUUUGUCGAGUGGGAGAGAUGUUAGUGUAAUAUUGUCUAAAUACCGUGAAAAAAUUCCUCGCACAAAGGCAUACCUCUAUCCGGCUUAUUUUGGAAUAUUGGAUCUUUCUGGAGAGGAUAUCGAAGUAAAAAAUUUGUUUAUAGAUGACGAAUGGAAUGAGAUGAUUAAAGAUUUUAAAUGUAAUGUAAAUUUGAGUGAUUUGGAACCUGAACAAGAUGAACCGCUUUAUAAAUUAAUGGACAAAAUUAUUGAGGUAUUGGCAAAGAAUCCUCAUGACCUAAUUACCGGCAUUGAAAGCUGUGUAAUUGAACAAACGCCAUUAGACGACUUAUUCAGACUUAAUAAUGCAUACAAUCUUCAACGUUUACAAUUGCCAAUGUCUGAAGUCGCAUUUGGAAGCAAUUUCACGAACAUGGUCACAAAAGGGAUAUUGACCUUUGGCCAAACCUAUAAUUAUGAAGAAGGUGAGAUUCAAAGUCUUGCUACGUCCGUAAUUUCCAACCUCAAAACAAAGCCCGCAGAAAGAAGCUUAAUCGGUCAAAAAGUUGAUUUCAGGAUUAGUAAAGACCAAUUUGAGAUGUUAAUUGGUUUAAGAUCUGGGGGUCUUCCUACAGCAACAAAAGGGAAAAAAUGGAUGGAUAAAGUUGACUUAGCUGUUUCAUUGCGGGAUGUGUUGGCCAAUGAAGGUAUGGAAAACAAUGGUGUAGAACCAAGCAGGUUCAAAAAACUUUGUUCUUGGAGUACACUCUUACAAGAGUUUAUAAUAUCUUUGCUACCUGUGGAGGAAACUUUACAUCAUAUUCGAAAAACCCGUUAUGAAAUAUUUAUUGAAAAGUCAAGAUUAUAUCGAAACCGACGAACAUCAUUACGUGCCAUGGACUAUUCUAUUUGCGAACAAGAUCGCAUAACUCGUACAAGAAAAGCAAAGGAAUAA